CCAUGAGCCUGCCUGCUAGUAGUAGUAGGCCUGUCCCUGUCUGCUUGUCGACCUGUCUGUCCCCAUCGCGCACCACCUCCUCUUCCUCAACCGCCGCCGCGCACUCGAUCGGCCGGCUCCGCUCCGCGCCACCACUAGCGUCGCGUGCCGCCGCUUAUUCUUCCAUUCUUUCUCUUUCCCUCUCGUAUUUUGAGGCGGGCAUGCCCAUCGACGACGACUCGAUCGAGUUGAUGCCCCCACGUUCAUCAAGCCUAACAUAAAUCAGCGGCCGCGCGCUCGCCUUAGCUUGCUUCCCCUUGGCUAGCCGUCGUCUUAUCCAUCCAUCUAUCGAGCCGCGCAGUCGAUCGAUCGAGCUCCAUGGAGCUGCUGCUGCUGCUGCUUGUGUUCACCAUCAUCAGCCAGUUCCUGCCUCCCGCGUCCUGCUCCCCUCCUUCCAACUACAAAAACUACUGCGACUGGUGCCCUCGCCACUCCACCGCCUCGCUGAUGAUCUUCCCUCCGGCCGCCGCCGGUGCCUGUGGGUACGGGGCCGCCUUGGCUACGGAGCUCAAUGGAGGAGGAUACGUCGCCGCCGCCGCGGGCGCCGAGUUCUUCCGCGACGGCGCCGGCUGCGGCGCCUGCUACCAGUUGCGGUGCAGGGACCGGCGGGUGUGCGGCGACGCCGGCGUCAAGGUCGUAGUCGUCACGGACGCGGCCAACCGCACGGGGGGCUUCCUCCUCGCCAGGGAGGCCUUCGCCGCGAUGGCCAACAAGGACGGCAUGGCGGCCGAUCAACAUCAACUACUCGCCGGCCGCUCGGACAACGUCGUCAUCCCGGUCGAAUUCCGGAGGAUACCUUGCGAGUACAAGAGGAACCUGGCGGUGCGGGUUGAGGAGGGCAGCCGGAACCCUGGCCAUCUCGCCGUGCGGUUCCUAUACCAGGGCGGGCAGACCGACAUCGCCACCGUCGAGAUCGCGCAGCCGCAGGCGUCGUCGCCGUGGCGGCCCAUGGCGCGGCUGCGCCGUCGCGUGUGGCGCGCCGCGCGCGCCCCGGCCGGCCCGCUGCGGCUCCGCCUCGUCGUCACGGCCGGCUUCGGCGGCAAGUGGCUGCGGACCCAGGACGCGGUGCUGCCGGCGGACUGGCGGCCCGGGCAGGAGUACGACACGGGCCUGCGGGUCGCCGACGUCGCCGUGCGCACCUGCACCCGCUCCUGCCGCGCGCGCGCCGCCGGCGGCGCCGGCGACGAGGAGCUCAGAUAGUCGUCAGCAGAUGACGUGCAUGCAUGUUGGCACGCGCGCUUGUUGUACAUAUUUAGUAGUAGCUUGCAUUGAUCCCGUCCAUGAUUCGCCGGCCGCCAGUUUUUUUUCUUUUCUUUUUGGCGUGCGGUUGCAUGCUCGAAUUGUGAUGAAGAGUUGGUUGUUGAAGAGAAUCGACGAGAGAAACACAACAGAAAAGAAAACCUGUACGUGGCUGAUGAUCCGAGCAGGCUGCACGAACCAAUGGUCAGUGAGAGAUGCUCCAUGAAUUUCCUUGUUGCUGACCAAUGUCAAUUUGCCGGCCGAUCUCACAAAUAAAUACUAUAUGUUUGGGGCUUUGGAUGGA